AUGCACCGCGCCCUCACCCUCCCCGAAGUUCUCCUCUCUGUAAUCUCUUACUUGCCCAUCCGGGACCUCCUAAUAUGCCAUGCCGUCUCAUCCGGGUGGCGCCGCAUUCUCGUUGCAAACCUACCCGCUCGAAUGCGUCCACUACCUGAUACCCCCUCUGCUCCCCUCCGGGAAACUACGCUUGUCUUACCAGAUUCCAUACGUAGCCUAGCCCGUUCACUCAAUCUUCGUCCGAAAGAGCUCAUCAAUUGGAUCAUCCAGCCAGAGAUCGAGACGGACUACCUGAUCUGGCGGAACGCGGCUACGGAUGAGCUGCAGGAAGCGUUGGGGCCGUAUAUGCAUCCUUUGCUAGUGGCGCAUACGUAUGACUUGACGGGCGGGAUAGAAGAUGUAGCAAGGGGACAGAUGGGUAUUUCCAUUAGAACGAAAAUGGGGCUAGGAGAGUUUGAACGGAUGCUUGAGAUAAAGAAUGACGAAGAGGAAGGGAUGAAGUAUUUGACGCAGCCAGUGACGAAGAGUGUGGAGGUAAGGUGUUUGGAUGGAGCGGAGUGGGAUGAGGAGUAUAGGAAUGUACGGACGACAGCGGGUGACAUGGAGUGGUUGAGAAGAUGUGUUAGAGUUGAACGGGAAAGUGGGGUUAGAAUGUGUGAUGUUGUUGAUGAGUUGAGGGGGGUGAUUGAGGCUGAGUGGAGCGUGCAGCAGGGAUCCGGUAAUGUGCUGCUAGAUUGGCGCAUGGGUGAUUGUCCCGAGAGGCAUCUUUUCCAUGCUUUUGACCUCACGGGAUGA